GUUUACCGUUCCAACCCACGCCGCCCCGGCGACGCCCGAGGCCUUCACGUUUUCUACGCCCUCCCCUCCCAUGCCCUCUCGUUGCUGCCCCUCUCAACACUCAAAACUAUGGGCGGGCCGACACUUGGCUUCAUGCCUCCAUCCAUGGACAUGAAGGAGGGGUUCUACAGAUGAAAUAAAUCUAUUUUUGACUUGCUCGUUCUCGGGAAGAGGUUCGACGACUUUGCCUGGGGCUCGAUGGCUCCAGCUCCCGGGGAUCGCGGAGGCAUCCCCGAUCUAUCCUUCUGUUGUUGUGCAGGUGCCUCCUCGUCCUCCUCGAUAGAAGAGCUUGCGCACUCGGAGGAGUUGAAUCUAAGGCUGCCCACCUCAAGAUCCACGCCCUUCGCUUCUUCUCCAUCUCCCACUCCCUCCUUUGCGUGCCCAUUCACGUUGUCGGCACACCAGUGCAUUCCUUCGAUUCCUCCUUUUAAAAGCCCCCGCCCCUGUUCUUUCAUUUAUUCCAAUCUCCUCUGCCUCUUUGGGGACGCCUGCACCAGGCGAUCUGAUUCGUCCAGAUCCGAGAAGAAGCAGAAGCUCUGUUUUCUUGUUAAUUGUCUGUGAGGUGCAGUGCCAUGCCCACGGGUUUCAAAUCAGAUUCAUUUAUUAACUAUGGUACAGGGGCUAUAUCCAAGAACUAUGAUGUAGAGGAACCUGACUUCAAAGCUAAGAAUGUGGCUACAGAUUUCAGCAAUAAAGCACUCUACAAGAUCCUUCAUAGUUUUCUAAAGCACGGAAACAACACAUUGAUCACAGUUGCCACAAGAGCCAUGAUUGACAGAACAUAUAAUGGAACUCAAGCAGCGUCAGAUAAUGUCUUUGAUGAAAAUGGAAAGCAGCAUAAUGGAAUUGGAAGUAAAUCUGGGCCAUUGUUAUCUGGAAUAGCUUAUUGCAUUUCCUCUUGCUGCAUGAUAUUGCUGAACAAAGUUGUUCUUUCCAGCUAUGACUUUCAUGCUGGCAUAUCACUAAUGCUCUACCAGAACUUUAUAAGUGUGACAAUUGUCAUAACAUUGGGGUUCUUUGGAGUAGUCACAACAGAAAGGCUCACAUGGAAACUGAUCCGAGUUUGGGUUCCUGUAAACCUUAUAUUUGUCUGUAUGCUGGUGACAGGGAUGUACAGUUUGCAAUACAUAAAUGUUGCAAUGGUCACCGUAUUAAAGAACAUGACAAACAUUUUAACAGCUGUUGGAGAAACAUAUUUUUUCAGAAAACACCAGAAUGAGAAAGUCUGGGCUGCCCUUUUUCUAAUGAUUGUAUCAGCUUUAUGUGGUGGAAUCACUGAUUUAACUUUCCAUGCGGUAGGCUAUACGUGGCAAUUUAUGAAUUGCAUUUUCACAGCAAGCUACUCGCUAAUCCUGCGUUGGAAGAUGGAUACGGCAAAACAAUUGACUCAAUCUGGUUCACUCAAUGAAGUGUCGAUGGUCCUACUGAACAAUUCGCUGUCAUUACCCUUUGCUGUAUUCCUGAUUAUUCUCUUCAAUGAAUGGGAAUAUGUUUACAAGGCGGAUGUAAUCAGGAUGCCUAUAUUCUGGGUGGUGGCGACAGCAAGUGGAUUACUGGGACUUGCCAUCAGUUUCACCUCUAUGUGGUUUCUAAAACAAACUGGCCCCACCAUCUACAGUCUAGUAGGCUCCUUGAACAAGAUUCCAAUCUCCAUUGCUGGUAUCUUGCUGUUCAGAGUCCCAAUUAGUGUUCCCAACUUAUUCAGCAUAGUUUUUGGUCUUCUUGCUGGAAUUUUCUUUGCAAAGGCAAAAAUGUCAUGAUUGCCAUUGAAUGAAGUUACAGAGAUUAUGUUUGAAGUCAUGCAGGGACUCCACAUUACUUGUACACAAAAGCAAUAUGAAGUUUGUUCAUUUAGUUCUUCAAUACAAGCCUAGAGAGGAGCUAGCGAGAUCUCACUUACAAUGUUCAAAGCACCGUAGCAGCGCAGCAUAUUGGUUGGAGAAAAUAUCAUUCAUUUUGUUCCUUCAGUGUGAUGGCGUAAUUUUUCCGACUGCCGGCCCUGCUUUUUCCCCCCCUGCAGGAGUACUGGCGCACAGCAUUGGUGCUGUUAGAUAAUUGCAUGCAAGUUGAAUGAUGAUUCAGGAUUUGAAACAUUUAUUAUGCAAUCAAUAAUACCAAUAUCUUUUGUUUUACUUUUAUAAUUCAGCUGCUUGGUUGUGCAUUUCUUAAAUUUCUGAAGGCAUCUGAUGCAAAAUUAUGUGCAGUAUCUCUGUGACAUAUGAAUUCAUACUUUUUAGCUUAUAUCUCGGUGGAUGAUGGCAUGUUGGCUCAUUGAUCCCGCGAGUCCUA